UUGAUAAGCCUUUUGGAUUGAGCCCGUUCAGCAGGCAGAAUUUGAGGCGGAUAUGUUGAUAGUCCAAAAGGAGCUAAAUACUAUGAAUUUGGAUGUAAGAAUUACGGAUGCGGUUAUAAUACUGACUCGCUCAGUUAAUCAAGAUGCCGACUUUGAUAGCUGUGGGUAUAAAGACAAUUGUUUUCAGUUAGCUUUUUAUUUUUGUCUAAACUGCUCGUUAUUAGUAUGCAGAAUUCUAUCAAAUGUGGGUAGUUCUAUUGUCAUUGAUCUAACCUAUACACUAUGGACUGAUGGAUAUCGUUUGAUCCAGGAAAAGGGCAUUGCAUACUUGCGAUUGGAGAGGAUUUUGAGGCCAUUUCUGGAAAUGUUUGGUGAUUUUAUGCGUCAGAAGCGGGCCAACAAUGUGGCAAUGAUCUUUAGCAAUCAACGUGAUAUGGCGGAGGCAGUGCAGCAAAUGACAGAAGGUUUCCCAUUUCGCACACUUCUCAUGGAUGCGAGCCAAGAUAAGAAUUUCGCAGAGCGCCUGCAAUCGCUAAGACCAUCGCCAAACUAUGUGGCCAUGUUCGCAAGAGGAUCCGCUAUGAAUGGCCUUUUCGAACAGGUACAAAAGGCUGGCCUCUUUCGCCGGCCGACCGAAUGGCACUUUGUGUUUCUGGACACUAGAGAUCGGGUAUUCAAGUAUAAGCGUCAAGCUGAAUUUGCCACACGAUUCACCUUGAAUCCACGGGCCAUAUGCAGGGCGAUGCAAAUGCGGGACUUGUACUGUGGCAGUGGAUUUACGCUGCAACGGGCGUUAUUGUUGGAUAUUUUACGUGGUCUCAUUGGUGCGGUUCAAAUAAGUCCCAGUUAUCCUGAGCCAAUAUACAUGGAUUGCAAUACUUCUGCUGAGGUAAACGAUAGGCAGGACGCUAAUGCACAAGACUCUGCUGAGUGGCUGGAGUACGUGCAUUGGAGCAACUUCAUUACCUAUGCAACUCCGCUGGGUUACUCCUUUGACGAUGAUUCUUUGAAAUACGAGGAUGGCGAUAAUGCGAAUACCAUGCAAAGCUUAAGCUUUGCCAUCAACAUCUCAGCCGGUUACUAUUCUAGCGAGCAUGAGGCCAAAACGGAUCUCGCCAGGUUGUCAUCAGUUGGCGAAAUACUCCUGCUAAACGAGACAAUCAGUCCGGCGCGUCGUUUUUUUAGGAUUGGCACAGCCGAGAGUAUACCGUGGAGCUAUUAUCGCCGAAAUAAACAGACUGGUGAAUUAAUUCUUGACAGAAGAGGUUCACCCAUUUGGGAGGGUUACUGCAUCGAUUUCAUAGCACGAUUGGCAGAGAAGCUUAAUUUUGACUAUGACAUUGUGGAGCCGCAGAUCGGUCAUAUGGGUCAGCGAAACGAGCAGGGCGAAUGGGAUGGUGUGGUUGGAGAUUUGGUGAGUGGCCAGACGGAUUUCGCCAUUGCCGCCCUUAAGAUGUACUCGGAACGGGAGGAGGUAGUUGAUUUUUUGCCACCAUAUUACGAACAGACGGGCAUAUCCAUUGUGAUCCGGAAGCCAGUGCGUCGUACAUCGCUCUUUAAAUUUAUGACCGUACUCCGCGUGGAAGUGUGGCUGAGCAUAUUGGCCGCUCUUGUGGGUACAGCUCUAAUGAUCUGGUUUAUGGACAAAUAUUCACCAUAUAGUUCGCGUAAUAAUCGGGAGGCCUAUCCAUAUGCUUGUCGAGAGUUCACACUGCGGGAAAGUUUCUGGUUUGCCCUCACAUCGUUUACCCCUCAAGGGGGUGGGGAGGCGCCCAAAGCGGUCUCUGGACGGAUGCUAGUUGCCGCGUAUUGGCUCUUUGUAGUCCUUAUGCUAGCCACCUUUACAGCCAAUUUGGCGGCUUUUCUCACUGUCGAACGUAUGCAGACGCCGGUUCAAUCGCUGGAGCAGCUGGCUCGGCAGUCUCGCAUCAAUUACACGGUCGUCCACGAGUCGGACACCCAUCAAUACUUUAUCAAUAUGAAAUUCGCCGAAGAUACGCUUUACCGCAUGUGGAAAGAGUUGGCACUGAAUGCUUCGAAGGAUUUUCACAAGUUUCGCAUAUGGGAUUACCCCAUUAAGGAGCAAUAUGGCCAUAUAUUACUGGCCAUCAAUAGCUCGAUGCCGGUGCGAAAUGCACGAGAGGGCUUCACCAAAGUUAACAAUCAUGAGAAUGCGGAUUACGCCUUUAUCCAUGACUCGGCUGAGAUAAAAUAUGAGAUAACACGUAACUGCAAUCUCUCCGAGGUUGGAGAAGUGUUUGCCGAGCAGCCGUAUGCAGUAGCUGUGCAGCAAGGUAGUCAUCUGGGCGAUGAGUUGAGCUAUGCCAUUUUGGAAUUGCAAAAGGAUCGCUUUUUCGAGCAGCUCAAAGCCAAGUAUUGGAAUCAAUCGAAUGUCCAAAAUUGUCCGCUUUCCGAAGAUCAAGAAGGUAUUACAUUGGAGAGUUUGGGCGGUGUUUUUAUAGCCACAUUAUUUGGUCUAGUACUGGCCAUGAUUACUCUGGGUGGUGAGAUUAUCUAUUAUAAGAAGCGACGCAAACAAUUGCAAACUUCAUUACCCAUUACUCAAGUGAAACCGUUGGAUGAGCCGGAGAGGGACGAACAAUCAAAUCCCCGACGGGCUUGGCAUGUACCGUUACCCAAGUCCAAGCCGCCGGCUAAAAUAACACCGCCGCCUUCCUUUGAAGCAGCCACUUCAAAGGGCAAGAAACUGUCCAAGAAGAUCACUCUGGGCGACGCCAAAUUCAAGCCACGACAUGGCCUACAAUCGCGUCGUGAAUUGGGAGCUCCAUCAGGCAUGGGCUACAUAGAAUGAAAUGCAAAAA